AUAGCAAUAAUCAUCCCAAAUCUAGUCUAGAAGAAAGAAGCUCAACAGGUCGUCUUUUCUGUUAACUCCGGGAAAGUGUAGAAAAGACGGAAGCUGUUUGUGUAUAACGCUUGGAUCGAUCAUCAAAACUGAUUCUCCUACAAUAUAUGAUGGUGUUGUCACAGCUUCACGGAGCAUUCAAGGAUACGGUGGAGAGAAUCACUAGCCCUCGUACCGUCUCUGCUUUCAAAGAAAAAGGCGUUCUCAGCGUCAGCGAAUUCGUCAUAGCUGGCGAUAAUCUUGUCUCCAAAUGCCCUACCUGGUCUUGGGAAUCAGGUGAGUCUAGUAAGAGGAAGUCUUAUUUACCAUCCGACAAGCAAUUCUUGAUAACUAGAAAUGUUCCUUGUCUGAGAAGAGCUGCAUCAAUAGAGGAAGAAUAUGAGGCUGCUGGAGGUGAAGUUCUUCUUGAUAAUGAGGACAAUGAUGGCUGGCUGGCAACUCAUGGCAAACCAAAAGAAAACAAUGGUGCUGAGGAUGAUAAUUUGCCAUCUAUAGACGCAUCAGAAAUCAACAAAAAGAACACUAUCCAGUCAAUCCCAUCAUACUUUGGAGGCGAGGAAGAGGAGGACAUACCUGACAUGGGAGAGUAUGAGGAAGCUGACAAUCUUAUAGAAACAGACCCUGCUACCCUUCAGACUACAUAUCUUGUGGCCAAUGAGCCUGAUGAUGACAACAUUCUAAGAACACGAACCUAUGAUGUCAGCAUCACGUAUGACAAAUAUUAUCAAACACCUCGUGUGUGGCUCACUGGAUAUGAUGAGUCAAGGAUACUUUUGCAGCCAGAACUCGUACUUGAAGAUGUCAGUCAAGACCAUGCACGCAAGACGGUGACCAUUGAAGACCAUCCACAUCUUCCAGGGAAACAUGCUUCUGUGCAUCCUUGCCGACACGGGGCUGUGAUGAAGAAAAUUAUUGAUAUUUUGAUGUUGAGAGGAGUUGAACCCGAAGUUGACAAGUAUCUUUUCCUGUUCUUGAAGUUUGUGGCUUCGGUUAUUCCAACGAUUGAAUAUGAUUACACCAUGGACUUUGAUCUUGGUAGCAGUAGCACCUGAUUUGCAGUCAACUUCCUUCGGUCAGUAACAAUGGUGUUCAUUUUUAAAAAAAAAUAUUAUUUUUUCCCCUUAAUGUGGAUGUUGUAUUUUUUUCAGAUAGAUGCUGGCAUAUAACAUGUCAACCAGUCAAAUACUCUAAUGACAAUACCUAUUUAUAAAUUGUACAGUGUUUAUAAACGAUCUUCUAGAAAUGUGGAGCAUGCAUGAUGAAUUGUCAGCAUGGCUUGUUUAUUUUGUAUAUUAACAAAGAAUUAAGGUUAUUCAAGUUUGCACUUUGCACGAUCCACUU